UAUUUUUCACUUUUUCCUUCUUUAGAAACUCUUGUGUGUUUUUGGCAGUGUGAUUUGGAUCGUGAUCAUGCUGGGAUGUUCAGCUUCUGCAGAAUGGAAGUCAUCUAGUCAGCCACUAUUUCAGUGUCCUGACAGGUAUCCACGGAGUGUCCAGAAAGGUCCUCAACACCUUCUGCCCUCAUGCAGCCCCAUAUCAUCAUACUGCCACCUCCGUGCUUCACUGUCAGGACGAUACAUCCGUCCUGGACGUGUUUGCACCAAACACGCUGGACCCAGUCUGAGCCGAACAACUUUUUCUUGUCUCAUCUAUUAAAAAAAUGUGCUUCCAUUAUUAACCAAUAUUUUAUCGAGCAAUUUUUAAUCUCACAGGUUUGUGCUGACCAGCAAGUGAGGGUGUUUUUUCUUGGAAAUUGUCCAUAGACACUGAUGUUAUAAUAUUCUUCAAACUGUCUUGCAAAGCCCAGUUUCCAGUAGAGGAAUACUGAUGUGGACGCAGACUGGUGCUGGUACUGAGCAGGUCUCUGGGGUAGGAAGGAUGCUCAUGGAAGUGUGAAUGCCUUGUGUCUUCUCCUCAGUCUCCUUAAAGGUAAACCAGGCCUGUAUCAAGACUCCCCGACGUGUUACAGACGUUCAUUGAAUCUGAAGAGACGUUUACAUGAUCAGCUCUGUAUGUGGCUGUAGGAACCAUGUAGACACACAGUAAAGUCACUGCUGCACAUCUCCUGCUGUCAGACUGGAGAGUCUCCUGAACCAAGAAUAUUCUGUUUUUGCUUUUAGGACAAAUGCAACUUUUUUAAUAUCUACAUAUUGAUUCAUUGCAGUGCAGGUGAAACUGCACAAACAGAGAUGCUGUGCUUUAAGACUCACAUGGUUUGAGGUCCGACCACAGACUGUAUGGGUCCGGUAGGAACUUUUGUCUGUCUGGUUUAGAAGCGUAUCCGUUAUACAUGUAUUUAUGGUGCUUUGCUCUAACACGGCCUGUCCGGUCCGUUCAGGGCUCUGCUGCCUGGUACCGACGUGUUGGCAUGUGUGCAUCUUUAUUUAACCACUUGUUUCCAGCCGGGCUUGUUUUGGUGAGGGACCUCGGGCUAGCUUCUCUGAUCCACGUGUGAUGGCCGCGGCGGCUCCGGAGCUCCGUCUGCUCGGGCUGAGCGACGGAGAGCUGGACUCCAGGAGACACCGGUCCUCCUACCGCACCAACAAAGUCGGGGGUCAGCCGGACUGGCCGCCGCUGCUUUCCCGGCCGUCUCCCCGCUGUGCUGGCUGCGGAGCUCCGCUGGCGCUGGUGGUGCAGGUGUACUGCCCGCUGGAGGACUCCCCCUACCACCGGACCCUGCACCUAUUCGCCUGUGCAGCCGCUGGAUGCAGCGGCCGCUCGGAGUGUUGGCUGGUACUCCGCUCUCAGGCUCUGGACGAGGAGCCGGCGGACACUCCCGCCCGGCCGGCCGUGGCUCAGGAAGCUCUGUCGGCCACGGAUUGGUGUGACACCGCUGAUGACUGGGGGAUGGAGGGGGAGGACGGCGGCGAUGGAUGGGGAGGAGACGUGCAACAGGACGUCCAGGUUCAGGAGGAGGCAGCAGUUCCUGAGACAGAAGUCACUGAGGUGGACAUCAGCGGCGGCCUGCAGGACCUUCGUCUGACAGAACCUCAGGAGGAUGUCCCCGUCUUCUGUCCCUUCUUCAUCAGCGUGGUGGAGGAGUCGGAUGUUGGGUGGGAGGAGGAUGGCCUGGAGCACGCUCAGCAGCUACUGAGAGAGUACCAGAGGAGAGAGGGGGUGGAGGUGGGAGAGCUGGAGGAGAGUGGGGGCAGCCGGGAGGAGAAGUAUGAGAAGACCAGAGCCCGACACGGAGACGUCGUCUUCUCCAGGUUCAUGAAGAAGAUCUCACUGUGUCCACAGCAGAUCCUGUGCUACUGCCGUGGCGGGAACCCGCUCUUCAUCUCUGAGCCACCAUCCAAUAUGGCUCAGCUGGUUUCAGUGUGCAGCUCCUGCGGAGGACCCAGGACCUUCGAGCUGCAGCUGAUGCCCGCCCUGGUGAGCCUAUUGCAGAGGAAGGACAGCAGUGCAGAGGCAGAGCUGGAGUUUGGGACGGUGCUGAUUUACACCUGCACUAAGAGCUGCUGGACGCCUGGAUCACACACUCCAGUGAAGGAGUUCUGCUUUGUUCAAACAGACCCGGACCAGCAGCUCUUUAAAUGACUGAACGGGGCGACAAGUCCGAUCCUCACCGAGUCCUUUAAAACUCACCUGUUAUAGAAGACACGACAUGCUUUUUUAUCAGACACUGACAUGUAACACUCUUGUGUCUGACUGCUGUUCAUGGACAGAGAACGCUCUGGGCGUCUUGAUUGCAACCUUACCUCCACCUCCUCUUCCAGCUGACGGUGUUUCUGCCUGGUUCAUUUGUAGAAAAUAAUGUUGCCUUCAAAUAGAACAGUGACAUCUUCUGUCCUUAGCUUGUCGGUGUCCACCUCUGUAACCCAGGUGCUUUAUAAGGAGAACAUGAACCUGUGCAGAGCAGCGGUCUGCCAGUGGGAUUUAAUAUUUAACAUUAUCAGCUCCUCCUGUUUAUUGCUGCUGGUACAUAUUACCAGCUGUUACCUUUAACCUGGAUGUCCUGAAAUGUUGCUGCACUAAACAACAUAUCACAGGUG